UGAGUGGGAUAUGUAGUGGGGUGUGGGUUUGGUAUGAAGACGAGAAGUGGGGGCCACGUCUACGAUGGGGCAGGGCCCUUCCUUCCUUCCCCAUUUACGUAUUUGGGUUUUCGUUAGCGACACUUUCCUUUCCACGCGCUCUCGCUUGGUGAACCUUAUUUUGCCCAUGACGCAAACCUGCUACCGCCCUCCUUGCUGUCUUCACCCAACGAUGCCAAUUGUAACCAGCGUCUUGUUGCACUUUUCACGGACUUGAAGCGAUUCUCCGUCUUCCUUGUAUCCGUCUCUUUGUGUACAGCAUCUCGUGUUGCACAACACUUUCUUCGCCUUCAUUCUCACUCUCCCGACCGACUGCCGGCCCUGUUGACAAUUCAUUUUUUUUUAGUCUUGUACCAUUCGUACAAUCAUGUUACGGGGAGUACGAAACUCGGUUGUUCGACGGUCCAUUCAUUUUUCUGUUUGUCACAAUAACACCAACAAUAGUCCAUGUGUUGCCCAAGAAAAGACAGAAACUGCAACACUUAUACGUGACGAUUUAAAGCGUGUGUCACCGGGGAUGCGUAGGAUGCUCGGUUGCAACUUGGAUCAUCUGCAGGAUGCUUCGACUUACUACACCCUAGCGCAGGGAAAACAGCUGCGACCGUCAUUAGUGCUGCUCGUUUCGAGAGCCGUCAGCUUAUUGAAUGGGAUCAACCGGUCAGUAGCCAGCGAGAGGUACAUUCUUGAUUGCAAUCCAGCAUUGCUCCUUGACGGUGAUGUUCUGCCUUCACAAUUGCGGUUGGCGCAGAUUACCGAAAUGAUUCAUGUUGCAAGCUUGCUCCACGACGAUGUGAUUGAUCUCGCUACCCAUAGACGAGGUCAAGUUUCAGGAAACAUCGCAUUUGGCAAUCAACAGGCCGUCUUCGCCGGCGAUUUCAUCCUCGCUCGUGCCUCUACCGCGAUGGCUCGUCUGCGCAACACACGUGUCACCGAACUACUGGCUACGGUGAUUGCCGACUUGAUUCGUGGAGAGUUUCUACAGCUUCGAAAUGUUGAUGAAAAGGGAGGAGAUGCUUUACAAGCAUCCUUUGAUUAUUACCUCGAAAAAUCGUACCUGAAAACGGCUAGCCUAAUAUCAAAAAGCUGUAUGGCAGCUGCUGUGCUUGGUAAGGCGGUCCCAAGUAUUGUUCAAGCUAUAGGCGAGUUUGGACGAUGCUUAGGUAUAGCGUUUCAGCUUGUUGACGACGCGCUGGACUUCAAAUCCACCGAUGGUGAUCUGGGAAAACCAGCAAAUGCGGAUUUGAAACUGGGUCUCGCUACCGCACCCGUAUUGUUCGCUUGGAAGCAAUUCCCCGAACUGGAAUCAGCUGUACGCAGCAAUUUCCAGAGUAAGGGCGCUAUAGAACAGGCCAGGCAAUAUGUUCGCGAAGCAGAUGGCGUUCGAAAGACAGAAGCAUGGGCAGGACAAUUCAUAGUCAAGGCGAAAGGAUUACUUUCCUCUCACAUUCCCGAUUCUCCGCCUCUCCAAGCACUUCUCGACAUCUGCGACAGAGUUAUCACUCGUAAAAAGUAGACUGUGUUGGUCGGGCAAAAAACACUUUCUUUGCUUUCCACUACCAGUGAGAUUACGGACUAUGUUUGCCGCUCACAGCCAUCGUUCCCGCCAACAUUCACGCUCACUCUCAUGAUUGUUCUUUAAUUUCUUGUACUAUCUAUUCAUGUAACGUUUAUUCCAUUUACUAUUCCUAUUACACUGCACGCGCCAAUGUAUACCAGUACAUAACCC